AAAGUCGUAAACAAGUAGGGUAUAAAAAACUGUGCAAAGUGUAAUUCGGCACUCAAUCUAGCAGGAGCUGGUUGGGUCCGACUCUGCAGACUCGAAAAAUAAAGUUUACCGUUCUGCAAAUUGCUGAGACUCAGUGUGUUUCUGACAGUUAGCACGGACCGUUUCACGAGAGCAAGGAAUUUCAUUGCGCCCUGGUGCAUCCGACAGUCUGAAUGUUUCGCAUAGAUGCGGCUUGGCCUGUGGAGUUUUUCCAGCAUUUUGUGUGUGUUGUUUGGAUUUCCAGCAUCGACAGAUGUUCUCUUCUUUGUGACCCGUACAAUAACUGAGGCCCCGGUACUGGUCCGAUACCAAGACCAACAACGUAAUGCUGUAUCCGGUGCAAAGUGGGUGACUCCUGCAAGUAACGCAUGGGCGGGGUCACGCCGGAUUUUGGUCUUGCGGGCUUUGCCUGCGGCGGGGUCUUAGAAUUUAGCAUUGAAUAAUUUCCGGAGCAGUCCGAAACCAGCAAUCCGACAUUGCAAAUAUCGCCGAUUUGCGCUACUUCGAUGUCCGGGAAUAUCGGGGAGGCCUCUUUCAAUCGCCUCUCACUUUCGUACAUCAGGUCCGCUCGGUCGGAAGUGGAUUCCAGUGUUGACAUUUGAGAGCUUUCCUGAGGUCUCCAGCUUUCCCAAGAACGUACAGAUCUCUCCACAGAUUUGCUAUGUUGAAUGCGAAUUUGCCAGUCAUUCUGCUGAUGUUUGCAACACGGAGUGUCCUGCAAGCCUUGGUGCGCUCUGCAUCCCUCUGUGGUCAACGGUCAGACCCUACAGUGAAUAUAUUUGACAACAUGACCUACGUGUUUGUGUACGGCACUCUGAAGAAAGGCCAGCCGAACCACCACUGCAUGGUCAAUGAAGCCCUGGGGAAGGGGCAGUACUGUGGCAGAGGCGUUACAAUGGAGAGGUAUCCUCUGGUGGUUGCAGGAAAAUAUAACAUUCCCUUUCUGCUCGACGAACCGGGAUCAGGCAAGCUGAUCUCUGGUGAGGUUUACGCCGUCGAUUCUCGGCUGCUGCAGUACCUGGAUGAGUUUGAAAACUGCCCUGAAAUGUACCAGCGCAAACCGGUGAUGAUCCGCAUGGUAGAGUGGAACACCUCGGACAAGAUGCUGAGUGGUCUACCAGACGCUAACGGAACGCUGCAGUGCGAUCUGUAUUGCACAAAUAUAUUCGACAGAGAGUGGUUAAAGCUUCCUACCUAUAGCAACUAUGAUGCCUUUGGGAAGUUUGGGCAGCCAAAGUAUGUAUUGCGGGCUGAUAGGUCUUAAGGAUGGUGGUUUAACCAGUUAGAAUUUCAAUCUAGAUUCAUCAAUAGGCCUGGAUCUUGUGUCUCAAGUUUAUUAAAUGUUAUUCCAUAUCUGA